GCACUCGAGAUUCCAACUCUUUGAUCGGACGGAACAUCCAUCACAGUGAGCGCUUCCAUGGCCACAGAUGGCUACCCUUCACAUGCGAAUGCUGAAGAGAUGGGGGACGGCCCAGAUGCAGCCGAGAAGUCACACUUUUUAGAAGUUUGCUAUUCUUUCUUGGAGUAUGGCACUGAUGCCUUCUAUGACCUGGGUCGGAUGCAGGACACUAUUCAAAGCUUGGAUAAAGACGACCAGGCCAUGUGGAAAGUGCCGCCACUUCCCUGGUAUUCAGAGAUUCAGCGUCGAGUGCAAGUGAAUCUCGACUUCCUGAGGAUGAUGCCGAACCCAGAAGUUUGUGGAGCAGAUCUGGGGGAUCAAGCAUGGAAGCUGGUUACCACCGUCCCGCAAGGGCACCGCGUGGCCAGCAGGAAUUCUUCCAAGGUGCGAUCCACAUUGCGCCAGUUUGUUCGAGAUUGGGCCAAAGAAGGGCAAGCUGAACGAGCAGCCAGCUAUACGCCUUUGGUGUCUGCACUACUAAAGUAUAUGCCACCACCAAAAGGUGGCAAGGGCCCAGUUCCUGCGAUUCUUUGCCCUGGCUGUGGCCUUGCGCGGCUGCCCUUUGACCUGGUGCGUUUGGGCUAUGCCGCCCAGGGGAAUGAGUUUUCCUACCACAUGCUACUCGGCACCCAUCUGAUCCUCAAUCGCAGCGAGAAAGCGGAGUGCUUCAACAUCUUCCCCUUUGUGCUCACAUUGGCAAACCGGAAGGGAAGAUGGGAUCACCUCAGAUGCGUGAAAGUGCCAGAUGUUUGCCCUGUGGAAGCUUUGGGCCCUGCAGCACAGCUGUCAAUGGCAGCAGGCGAGUUUGUAGAGGUCUACAAGACUCAAGAGUCGGCAUGGGAUGGCAUGGCCACAUGCUUCUUCCUUGAUACAGCGAAGAAUGUGUUCCUGUACAUUCGGACAAUAGCUUACAUCAUUCGGAAAGGUGGCAUAUGGACGAACCUGGGUCCUCUCCUCUACCACUAUGCCGACGUGCCGCACGAAAUCUCCAUUGAGCUUAGCUGGGAAGAAGUGCGACCAUACAUUUGCCAGUAUUUCGAUUUCGUUGAGGAGGAGGAGAAAGUGGCAAGAUAUACCGGCAAUGCGGAAGGUUUGAGUAUCAACCGCUAUCGGUGUAUCUUCUUCGUGGCGAGACGCAACGGCAAGCCUGCAGAGGGCCAUUCGAAUCCGGUCUUCUAAAACUGCAAACAGAGCUGUUUGCCUUCGCCGCAAAGCACGGUGUCAGGACGAGGAACGAACAAAAAGUUCUGUUCGCUCACGCGAAGUGCCGGAUGUGAGCAAACAAAGAGGGAUGGCUUUUCAAUGGCACUGAUGACUAGAUCUCCCAGUCGCCCUGGAGGAAAAGAUUACUUUGCGUCAGGGCACUGGGAGCUACACAAUACACAG